CUGAGCUGGCUCCAUCUCUGGAAACAGUUCCUGGCACCGGGGGAGAGCCCUGAGGCUGUAACAGCCCCGCUGAGGGGCUGGGUUCCCCGUUGCUGCUCAUGGGGCUUCUCUGGCUUCCCUGGGAUGGCAGGGGGCCAUGGGUUGUCUUGGGGUGGGUGGGUGACUUGGGGAGGGUCGUCUUGAGCUGGGCUUCUUGAGAGCCGCAGGUGACAUCUCCCAGUGUCUGUGCUGCACAUGGCUUGCCUUGGGAAGGAGGUGAAAGGCUUCAAAUACUUCCCAGAGACUUCCUCUAGCCCUGAGAUGAGCUGUUGGCAGCAUUACAGACCCCUGAGCCACGUGCAGGCAGCUGCAGGUCUGAAAGCUCUUCUGUGCGUGUUGGCUGGUGGCGAUCAAAGCAUGAUGAGGGGUCUGCAGGAGGAGGCUCUCCCACGCGGGGAGCGCGUGAUGUGGGUGCCCGACAGGACAUCGCAGCUGACUUGCGAUCAGCUGGGCAUUCCCUUCCUGUUGACAGUGCCGCCAGACCUGCCUGCAGCUAUUUCACAGGGAUGAUUAUCGGCGUAGGCAUGCUAAUAGUGUUAACGAAGGGGAGGGCUGAAGUGACAAGGUAGCUUGUCCCUUGCUCAAGAGCAGCCCUGUCUGCAGAGGGAGGCUGCGGCCCUGCACCGUUCUGCUGGCUCACUGGAAUGAGCACUUGACAAACUCGCUUGGUGUUUCUCAAGACUAACAGGAUUCUUUGUGACUGUGUGAAACUGUGUGGCUGCGAAGGACUUUGUUUCUGGAGUUGGUUCUGCUGAAACUGCCGGAUUAAAGUGGCUGUUAAUGAGCCAGCGGGGCAUGUUUCUUGCUCUGCAAGUUACAGGUGCAACCCAGAGCCCUGGGAGUUCUGUGCUCGUGGUAUAAUCUGUAAAUGGAAAUAUGGGAAAGCCCAGGAGCUGUCCUACUUCAGGAAAGAAGGAACAGGGUUUUCUAGGAGCUUGGGUAGCUUAAACACUAACCGUCUCAAGGAGAUGCUUAGUAAAAGCCACUGGAUGUGAUGUCUAAUUUCCCUUGGAACUGGGGGAGCGAGCAGUCCCUGCCUCCCACUAAAAUAGUGGCUCCACUCUUUGAGGUUCCCUAAAGCUGCUGACCUUUCCAGAACGGUGGUAGAGGUGUAAGAUUCAGAAUUGCUGGCAGGAUUACGUCCCAGGGUCAAAGCCCAAAUCACCUAAUUCCCCUCCUAAAUCUAACUCUGCCCUCUGAGCGUUUGCAAUGCCUCCCUUGGCCGUGGGCAGUGCCGUUUCCCCCUGCAGCAGGCAUCCUGUGACCCUGUUCUGCCAGCUGCGUUUAGGGUAAGUGGGGUAUCGGUGGCAGAUCUGGAAAAGAAUGCAAGUGAGUGCUUCAACCACAAAUUAAUACCUCUGCCCUGAUUAGCCCUACCUGCUCAUAUCUAAAUUGCUAAAAUUAGCUUUGUUUUUUAAUGCUCAUUAAGGAACUGCUGGUUAAGCUAUUGAACUAAGCAUGCUAGUUAGCUCAAUCACUUUUCCCAAAAUAAAACAAUUCAGGAGGUUUUUUUCCUCUUCAACAUCCCACCUCUCAAUCCACAGGACAGUGCAACGCAGGCUAGCUUCAUGGGGCAGAGCUUGUUUCAGCAGGGAAAAAUAAAACCUUCUGCAUGUUAAAGAUCUAGUUUUAUGUCUGCUGGGCACUCUCAGAGGCAGAGAUGAGGGGAGCUGCUUACCCCAGCAGAAAAGUACCCUUCUGCCAGGCAUGGCAGUGGCUGUGACAGUCUGACCCAGGCAGCAGCUUUGGCGUGCUGGUGCCUGGGCUCUUCCACUGCAUUCAGGCUUGUGUUGAGUUGGGCAACGACCAGGGGUUGUGUUAUUGUGCCAUGUCAGAAGUGUGCACUGAGUUUCAUCUUUCUGAAACUACCUGGUCUGAGAAAUUUUUCCAGCAGUGACCUCACAUUUCGGAUGGAGCAAUGGUACGAAACCAUUGGCAAAACAAAAGCUUCUGUGAGAAUUGUCCGGUUGUGUGAAACAAACCAAGCGGUGAUGCUGCUUUCAGUUUCCUGUGUGUUUUCCCAUGCGUGGGGCUGUGGGCUGGCAGACCAGAUUUCUCUGGGAUUUGUUUGUAACUGCAGUGGUUCGAAGGUGUGCCCUCUCCAGAGGAGUGAAACAACUGCUGUGGAGUGCUGGGCUUUCCUGUGAUCGCUGAGCAAAAUGAGGACUGCUCAGCACUUGUGUAGGGGAGAGCACAGAAAGAAAACAAAACCACGCUGUCCAUAUGACUCAUGACUAGUCCACAGCACAACUACUGGCAUUGCAACACACCCAGAUCCUUCCUCCAGAGGAGAGCAAACCAUGUUCUAACACGAUUGUGCUGUGAGGAUUGUCACUGCCAGUGGCAUCCAUAAUUAAGGUGGGCUCCUGGUACUUCAGAGGCUGACUCUAACCUUAUAGUAGUUUUUACAUCAACCAAGGAGUUGCUCCUGAUUUAUGUUAGCAACUAGAGUUUUCAUUUCUUCUCUGGUUUGUUCUCUGUAUGCUAACCCUGACACUGAGGCUGGUAAGACAUUCUGUGGUUUAAGUUUUUUCCACCUGUCUAGAAAUGAAGCAACUCAGCCAAGGGGUUGUUUGGAAUGGUGUUGAAAUAGGGCAAAGCACAACUGCAACAGCUCUGCAGACUCAUUCAGCCUACUCAGCUUCAAAAAGCCAAAUUUGUUCCUCAGCAGCACAAGAAUAACUGCUACGUGAGCAAACCAUGUGGACUUUGGGACCGAGGCUUUGCAUUCAAGCCCUGUUUAUGCUUGGAGCAAUCUUCUGGAAGCUUUCCCAGGCUGCUAAAGCGGAAGCUGUAUUUCACGUGGUGUUCUGUUAGGCAGCCCACUGGGCAGGGUGAUCAUCAGGAAUGCCCAGAAGGGUGCUGGCUCUGGGCUUCCUACUGGAGGAUGGAGGUGCCUAUCUGUGAUAACUCUUGCUGUGGACAGGUAGUGUUUGGCAUCCCUGCCCUGUCUGAGUCUCACUGAAAUGCCAAGUAGUUGCAUAUGGAACUUGCUGGGCUGUCAAGCCCAUGGCAUUACCUGCUGAGAGUUUUCAUAGUUCUACUGUCAGCCCAGAGCCAGAAAAUGUUUGUUUCACUGUUUGUUCUCCAGCUUUCUUGUUCCCAGAGCAAAUGGGAAUCUUACACAAGUCAAAGUUGACUACAAGAACAGUGUCACUAAUCAGCUUUUUUGGCAAAGUCUGCCAGGGAGCCUGGAGUUGUCCUUGGCUUGGGAAUCCUCUUUGGUUUUUUUUCCACUGGAAAAUGCUGUAGGAAUUGUAAGAACAGGGAUUUCCUGGAAUGGGAGGAAAGCAGGUACUGCAAUGAAGAACAAGUGUGCUGAAGUCCCUGCUGUGCCUGAGACAAGAUGUAAUCUUGGAUUUAUUGUGAUACCGGAGUGUCCAGAUACCAGUGCAGUUCCAUGCUGGGGAGCUGCAGUUGACUUCACUAUGGCAUCAAAGAAGACCACACAGAAUCUGCCAGAGGCUGAGGAACAGCAGCAAGAGAGUGCUGUCAAUCGGGUGACCAGCCUGCCCUUGCUCAACUCUGCAUUCAACCUGGUCUCGUCUGCCUACAACCACACCAAGGAGACACAUCCUUGCCUCAGCGGUGUCUGCAACGUGGCUGAGACUGUGGCUGCUGUUGCAGUAGGGAGUGUGGUCGGUGGGGCACAGCCCAUACUGAACCAGCUUGAGCCACAAAUUGCACUUGUAAAUGAAUAUGCUUGUAAAGGAUUGAAUCAGCUGGAGGAGAACUUGCCUUUCCUUCAACAGCCAGCAGAUAAGGUAAUCUCAGACACCAAGCAGCUGGUUUCCACCAAAGUGAUAUCUGCUAUGGAUGCUGCCUGUGAGGCAAAAGAAGCAGUGGCUGAUAAAGUGACUGAAGCUGUGGAUCUCACUAAAAAUGUUGUUGGGGACAGCGUUAAGCUGACCAUGUCAGUGGUUGCCUCCAGCGUUAGCAGUGUAAGCAAAGCCAGGGCGGUGAGCCAAGCAGUGGCAGGUGGUGUAGAAUCUGUCCUGGGCAUAUCAGAAGAUCUGGUGGAUCACUACCUCCCCAUGACACAAGAGGAACUAGGUAAACUUGCCACUGCUGAGGGAUUUGGUAUGGCUUCUGUGGAGGAGCAGAAACAGCAGCAGAGUUACUUCGUUCGUCUGGGUUCCCUCUCUCAAAGGUCCCGCCACAGAGCCUACCAGCACUCCCUGAACAAGCUGCAGCAUGUUAAGCAAAGAAUCCAGAACGCACUCCGCCAACUACAGCUGGCAAUAAACUUGAUUGAAUCUGUGAAAAAGGAGGUUGGCCAGAAGCUUCUGGAUGGUCAAGAGAAGCUCCAUCAGCUGUGGGUGGACUGGAGCCUGACCCAACCCAAGGGACCCCAAGUUAAAACAGCCUCCCAAGCAGAGAUAGAAUCGCGGACUUUAAUUAUGCUGCAUAUCAUCACCCAGCAGCUACAACGUGCUUAUGAGAAUCUGAAAGUCAGCAUCCAUGGCCUCCCCAGCAACAUUCAAGAAGCUGUGCAUCAGGCCACUCGAAAUAUCCGGAAGCUCCAUACUUCUUUUCCAGGGCAGUCCUUCCAUGACCUGUCUAGCACCACCCCUGAGAGUCAGGACUAUGUGGUAGAAGCCCAAAGGUCUCUAAAUGACCUGCUUCAGUAUGUAACUCAGAACAUUCCUCUUAACUGGUUGGUGGGUCCCUUCAGGGCAAUAGCGAAAGAGGAUAGCAGAAAGGAGAAGAAAGAUAUGACUGAUAUAAAAUGUCUUCCAUUGGAAAAGGCUGCUACAUCAAAGGAGGUGGCUAAGAUGCCUGAAGAACAAAAGGGAGCAAAAACAAUUCUGGGGGAAGUGUGUGAAGUACUAGAGAAGAUAGAAGAGAAGCUAGAGAGAGACAUGGAGGUGGCAUUGGCUGCAAAGGAGUUAGUAACUAAUGCACCAAAGGAAGAUCUCUGAAAAAUUCCAUCCUCUCUGGCCAAGGCCCCUUGGCUAGAACAUAACUUGGUCUUUUAAUCUUGUACCCAACUGCUGAGCAUGCCAAGAGUGCCUGUCCCGGGCUGAGCAUACAGAAAGAUGUAGUUUGCGAGACUUGAUAACCAAGCAGGGGUGAUUCCAUAUCUCGACUUUUUUUAAGCAUGCUGCUCUGAAAGGGGAGCUGGAGGGCCUGUACUUUGGACUUUUAAGUCAGCACAGCUGUGUAUGUGAGUGGCUAACUCUGGGUGAGAAGUGGUCUCAAGUUAUUUUUAAUGUUGGGUUUUUAAUGAAUUCAUCCAAGCUGUGGAGAUUUUAAAGAGGAUAAUGCACUUGACCUUGUAAUAGUGUUUCCCUCCUACAAGUUUAAAACUACACACUACAGCCACUACUUCCUUUCUGCCUGCUUUCUGACUGUGCUUCCUGAGAAGCUCAGCACUGCAGCAGACCAGGAACAGCUGGGAGCAAGAGGCUUCUUCUCAAGAGGCUUCUCUUCAUGGUCUGCAAACAGUUUUUUCACAGAGGAAACACUUGGCAAGGUGGGAUUUUUCUUUUAAGGGUGUCAAUUUGCAGUGGGACUGUCUUUCCUAGUCAUGUAAAUGAUUUCAGGAAUCCUCUGAGUGUGUGUAACUCUGUCAGUGAUGUAUUUUGCAGCUUUUGCCAGGAGUUAUUCUGCCAUGUUUAUAGGAUAUUCAGUCAUUAAAAUAGAGAGAGGUACUGCAUUUUUUUCCAAGCAAACAAUACUUUGUAGUCAUCUGUAAUGUAACUUAUUUUGUCCUUGUAUGGCACCAUUCCUAGGGCUAGAGUAAUAGCAAAGACUUCACAAUAAAGCUUGAACUGCUGUCAAA